UUUCAUCUUAUUUGUUCUUCAAUACAUAACUUGAUGCAAUUUGGGGUAGUGAUAUGUUGAUAAUGUUCCCUGAUAUUGUGCGGACUAAGUUCUGAGGAUAAUACUAUGAUGCAGCUUGUUAAAAUGUGGCAGAGGUUCAAGUUCAACCUUCACCCUUUGCGUUCAAAAUGGCUGUCUCUCCAUUUACCAAUUCAAAAAUUAUAAGAUCUAAAGGAGACACCAAGGGAAUUCAAACAAGUAGGAGAACUGAAGACAAAAGAUCUAAAUCAUUCAAGUGUGAGAAAACAGAGUCACCUCAUCAUGUAGAGAUAAUGGAUCUACUCAAAAGGAUACGGAUUUCAAUAUCAAAGGGUAAAUCACAAUACAAGGAUAAGCCCUCAGCUGAAUUUGAUCGAGAUAUUCUUGGUGAACCAAAGAAACAAGUGAAAGGUAAUAUCUCAAACAAAUCAAAACAGAAGGAUUUGUCGGAGAAAAUAUCUGCGUCAAGAAAUGAGGAAGGAGCAGAGGGGAACCCACAUGUACUAGGGUUUAAGUUGACUAGGCUAGCUUCAAACUUUGCAAAGAAAUCCCCUAUUCCAUCUCUAUCAACCCCAAGAAGCAACACUAUUGGGCAAACUAACUAUGGAUCAUCAAACAUUUCGUUGGAAACAAAGGUUCAACCAGAGCAAGAAACCCUGGAAGAAAUGAAACUUGCCCAGUUGAAAGAACUGGCCAAGUCAAGAGGAAUAAAAGGUUACUCUAAGCUUAAGAAGAGCGAACUUAUCAAAGUACUUGGAUCCUAGACCUAAUCCUAGUUUUCCUUGUGAUGACUCUAACUACCAUCAGAUUGUACAAAUGUAUCGAACUACGGAUUAUAUGAAACUCAGAUUUCAUAGAAUUUAUGCAAAUCAACAUGGUAUGCUGAAUCGCCAGAAAUCAUCG